CCCCUGAGGCCAACGAGUCCUUGCCUCUGUCAGCGUGGGAUAUGGCCUCCAACAGCAUCUUCGAUUCCUUCCCCAACUACACGCCAACCUUCAUACGAGACCCGAGCACCAGCCGCCGCUUCACUCCCCCCUCCACGGCCUUCCCCUGCGGCGGCGGCGGCGGCGGCAAGAUGGGCGAGAACAGCGGCGCGCUGAGCGCGCAGGCGGCCGCGGGCCCCGGCGGCCGCACCCGGCCCGAAGUGCGCUCGAUGGUGGACGUGCUGGCCGACCACGCGGGAGAGCUCGUGCGCACCGACAGCCCCAACUUCCUCUGCUCCGUGCUGCCCUCGCACUGGCGCUGCAACAAGACGCUGCCGGUCGCCUUCAAGGUGGUGGCACUGGGGGAUGUUCCUGAUGGAACGGUGGUGACGGUGAUGGCGGGCAAUGACGAGAAUUACUCCGCCGAGCUGCGCAACGCUUCCGCUGUCAUGAAGAACCAAGUGGCCCGCUUCAACGACCUCCGCUUCGUGGGCCGCAGCGGGCGAGGGAAGAGCUUCACGCUCACAAUCACCGUGUUCACCAACCCUACCCAAGUGGCCACCUACCACCGAGCCAUCAAGGUUACUGUGGAUGGACCCCGGGAACCCCGACGGCACCGGCAGAAGAUAGAGGACCAGACCAAAGCCUUCCCCGACCGCUUCGGAGACCUGCGCAUGCGUGUAACACCAAGCACACCCAGCCCCCGUGGCUCUCUCAGCACCACGAGCCACUUCAGCAGCCAGGCCCAGACCCCAAUCCAAGGCUCCUCAGACCUGAACCCCUUCUCGGACCCCCGCCAGUUUGAUCGCUCCUUCCCUACGCUGCAGAGUCUCACAGAGAGCCGCUUCCCGGACCCAAGGAUGCACUACCCGGGAGCCAUGUCUGCCGCCUUCCCCUACAGUGCCACACCAUCGGGAACCAGCCUGGGCGGCCUGAGCGUGGCGGGCAUGCCGGCCAGCAGCCGCUUCCACCACACCUACCUCCCUCCGCCCUACCCCGGGGCCCCGCAGAGCCAGAGCGGGCCCUUCCAGGCCAACCCUGCGCCCUACCACCUCUUCUAUGGCACCUCCUCCGGCUCCUACCAGUUCUCCAUGGCAGCUGCGGGAGGUGGCGAGCGCUCGCCCACCCGCAUGCUGACCUCCUGCCCCAGCGGCGCUUCGGUGUCAGCAGGCAAUCUCAUGAACCCCAGCCUGGGCCAGGCUGAUGGCGUGGAAGCCGACGGCAGUCACAGCAACUCGCCCACGGCCCUGAGCACACCGGGCCGCAUGGACGAGGCCGUGUGGCGGCCCUACUGAGCACCCUAGGGACUCUCGGGUCAGUGGAAUCUGCCCCUCCAGCCCGAGGCUACAAGAAAAAAAAAAGACUUUGGCUUGGUCCCAGGGGCCAGAGCUGGCGAUGGCUCCUAGAGCUCUGUCCAGCCACAAGUUUUGAACAGAGGAAGUGGGGACCUCCCACAGGACACUGCGCCGCCCAAAUCAAUGUCCUUUCUCCCUGUGCACCCCAAACCCACCUCUGUGGUCUUCAGCCAUGCCCAGGAUUAAUUCCAGAAUCGGAGGCUACCCCAGCCCAUGAGGCAAGAGAAACUCAGGCUCAGAGAUGUCUGGACUUCCUCUCACCCUGCACCCUGGGGACCAACCCUCUCUCUGCAUCCAUACUUGUCAACUGGAAACUCCAACCCCUGAGAUGGUUUCUCGUGUGACUCGUGGAGGAGCCACGACUCACACACACAAGUGUCCCCAACUUGACUUCCCCACAACUCCAGGCAAGAAGCCCCUGAUCAGGUCUAGCUUACCUGAAAACACCAGGCCCCAGAGCAGACUCAUCUCCAGUGGCAGGUCCCUAAAAACAAGGAUGGCCUCAACACUGUCCAGCACACUCCAGCCUGAGUUGCCUACUGGCAGAAAGUCUUAAACCUUGGGGAUCUAUAGGGUGGUUAGCCCUGCUCAGUAGGUCCAGCCAAGGCUGCUCUGGGCCUGGCCUCCCAGGUCAUACUCCCACUCCCAACUUGUUUGACCCUAGAAGCAAACAACCUUGAAAAAAAAAGAAAGGUGACUCCUUCAAGCAUCUAAAACCUCUGACAGGUGGCCGUCCCUGUGUAUGAAAGCCCAACCCCUUGCUAGCGUGAUGUCAUUAGGAUCCUGCCACCUCCACACCACACAUUCCUCUCAGAGGGGGACCAGACACUCCAGGCGGCCAUAUGGAGUCUCUGGCGAGGUGUGCAGCAGCAGAGCGGUGUCCAAGCAGAGGUCAGAUGUCAGCUUAGAUCUGUGGGAGAUGGUGAGUGGGAUAGGUUAAAAAGUUGUUACCCGAGCUGGCCCACGGCUGGUUUUUUUUCAAACUCAGUGAGGCACGUACUCUGUGGCCAUUGAAAUGUCCUUUACAAGGCUCCUUAGUGAGGGUCUCUGGCAGGAGCUUGGCUUGCCCCAUUGCCUGGGCCUGACGGCCACGAAUGCACUCUAGCAGGCCAGGGGGUCCCGGGGGUCCCCACAAUCCUGAGCAAAUGCCUCUGGUUGCAGUUUCUCUUGUCCCAUUCUUACUGGAGGAAAAGAAAAUUCUAUCUCUUGGAAGUAGCUGGGAUAACCUUUUAGCUCCCUGCACCCAGAGGGGCCUUCUCACCUCUUCUCAGGAAGCAGCUAAGACCCAUUGUCCUCCUACUCGCUUCGCUACUGGUCCAUGGUGCAGACUGUCCCAAAUCACCAAGAAAGGUACUUUCAGGAUCCCAGCACCUAGCACUGUGUAAGCCAUCCCAGACAACUACCCUUCCUGAUACCCAAAAUGUGUGUGGAGAUAGAAAAGUCGCCCUGCCCCCAUCAACUCCUUUCUCAUCCCUGAUUAACAGUGAAGGCCGAGUCUGUUGUGGAUCCUACAGUAGGCUCAGGCAGCCUAGAGGGGUUUAAAAACCAGUGGUUCCUAUUUGCAAGGCUACUUUAAAGUGCUACUUGAAAAGCACUGGCUACAAAGAAAGAAAGCACAAGAACCUGAAAGGUUGAUACGAUGUUGCUCUAAGUGUGUGGGUGGGUACCGAUCCUUAAGGUAUCCUGCCUGCUGUGGGCAGGUCUUCCUGAAGUGGUCUCCAAACUGAGGGACAGGGGAGGGCCUGCUUUGCACUAUAGGCUGCUUGUGUGUUUGUUUGUUUGUUGUUUUUAGCACAACGUGCUUGUACAGACCAACUGCCCAUCUUGGGUACUAUUUAACUGUAAGAGAAAAGCUGUAUUUGUUACAAUAAUAUAACAGAUCUGUGGAGGACCG